GCCAGGGGUUCACCGUGCUGUACCUGUACCCCUAUAUAAUCCCUCGCAUGCAACGCGCCUCGGCUUAGCCAGCUCGACCGACGAGACGACAACGCCGCCGUGCCGCGCGCACGCCCGACGCCGACGACACGCCCUCCGCUCGGCCCCGGUGAGGCAGCGAACGCCCGCCACACGUACAGAUACCGUGCGCGCCCGGCAUGGGGGUGACCACCGCCGGGGAGGCCGUCUGUAAGUCCCCGGCGCGGGCCUCGGUCAUCGUGAGGCUCAACGCCGCGUUCCUCGCCUUCUUCCUCUUCGCCUACGUGGCGCUCCUCCUCCACCCCAAGUACUCGGGCCUCCUCGACCGCGGCGCCACCUCCCUCGUCCGCUGCACCUUCCGCGACUCCUGCCCGCCGCCGUCGCCGUCGAACCAGCAGCUCUCACGGAAGGUAAGCUGGGAGGCGUGGCGGCGAACAAGGUGGCGGAGGAGGAGCGCAUCGUGAACGCGGGGCGCGCGGCGGCCAUGUUCGACGAGCUCCGGGGCCGGCUGCGGAUGGGGCUGGUGAACAUCGGGCGCGACGAGCUGCUGGCGCUGGGCGUGGAGGGCGACGCGGUGCGCGUGGACUUCGAGCGCGUGUCGGACGCGUUCCGGUGGUCGGACCUGUUCCCGGAGUGGAUCGACGAGGAGGAGGACGACGAGGGCCCGUCCUGCCCGGAGCUGCCCAUGCCGGACUGGGCCCGGUACGGCGGCGACGUGGACGUGGUGGUGGCGUCGCUGCCGUGCAACCGCAGCGCGCCCGGGUGGAACCGCGACGUGUUCAGGCUGCAGGUGCACCUGGUGGCGGCGCAGGUGGCGGCGCGCAAGGGCCGGCGCGACGGCGCCGGGGCGGUGCGCGUGGUGCUGCGGAGCCAGUGCGAGCCCAUGAUGGACCUGUUCCGCUGCGACGAGGAGGUGGGGCGGGAGGGGGACUGGUACAUGUACAAGGUCGACGUGCCGCGCCUGGAGGAGAAGCUCCGCCUGCCCGUGGGAUCGUGCAACCUCGCUAUGCCGCUGUGGGGAUCAGGAGGUCGAGGGAUCCAUGAGGUGUUGAACGCGACGUCGUGGUCGGGCGGGCGUCGUCCCCGGCGCGAGGCGUACGCGACGGUUCUGCACUCGUCGGACACGUACCUGUGCGGCGCGAUCGUGCUGGCGCAGAGCAUCCGGCGCGCGGGGUCGACCCGCGACCUGGUCCUCCUGCACGACCACACGGUGUCGAGGCCGGCGCUGCGCGCGCUGUCGGCGGCCGGGUGGACGCCCCGGCGGAUCAAGCGCAUCCGCAACCCGCGCGCGGCGCGGGGCACCUACAACGAGUACAACUACAGCAAGUUCCGGCUGUGGCAGCUGGCCGACUACGACCGCGUGGUGUUCGUGGACGCCGACAUCCUGGUGCUGCGCGACCUGGACGCGCUGUUCGCGUUCCCGCAGCUGGCGGCGGUGGGCAACGACGGCUCGCUCUUCAACUCGGGCGUGAUGGUGAUCGAACCGUCGGCGUGCACGUUCGACGCGCUCAUGCGGGGGCGCCGGACCGUCCGCUCGUACAACGGCGGCGACCAGGGGUUCCUCAACGAGGUGUUCGUGUGGUGGCACCGCCUGCCGCGCCGGGUCAACUACCUCAAGAACUUCUGGGCCAACACCACGGGGGAGCGCGCGCUCAAGGAGAGGCUGUUCCGGGCGGACCCGCCCGAGGUCUGGUCCGUCCACUACCUGGGGAUGAAGCCAUGGACGUGCUACAGGGACUACGACUGCAACUGGAACGUGGCGGACCAGAGGGUGUACGCCAGCGACGAGGCGCACGCGCGCUGGUGGCAGGUGUACGACCAGAUGGGGGACCACAUGCGCGGGCCCUGCCGCCUCUCCGAGCGGAGGAAGGUGGAGAUCGCAUGGGACAGGCACGUCGCCGAGGAGCUCGGGUACACCGACCAGCACUGGAAGAUCAACAUCACGGACCCGCGGAAAUGGGACUGAUCCACGACUACUCCGUCCGUCGCCUGCUGCAUUUUCGUACAUAAUACCCCACACGUAGCUGGUCGAGAGCCAGAUCGCUAGGCGCGCAGCAUUUUGGUUCGUGGGUACAUUUAGGCCAGCUCAGUUUCAUAAGUGGAGCUGUUGUUCCGAGGUUUUUAGCUUCACGUACGAACAGCUUUUCCGAUGAAGCUGAGGGGUUUUCGUGAUCUUAUUUGGCAAAUCAGCUUUGCAUUGGACAAUAAACAAAUAAAAUGACCGUAAUGCUCUCUGCUUUUGUUUCCUUC